CAGUUUCACAAUUCGGACUAUUUUUAGAGUUUUCUCUAUUCGUAAAAAGGUAGAGAAACAAAGAAGAAAGAGAAGAAGAAGAAAUGGAAGGGAAAGAGGAAGAUGCAAAGAGGAGGAUGAUGAUGAUGAAGAUCAAGCUUAAGGGGGCAGAAGAGAUCAGCCAAGAGGACAUCAAAAGACAAGAAGCUUACAACAUGUCUCCACGUGCACGUGGUGGUGUUGCUGGUGGAGGUGGUUCAAUCGGUAUGAGCAAGUCAUCAAGCGUGAGGCAAAACUGUUUAUGCGCACCAACGACACACCCUGGCUCCUUCAGGUGCCGUUACCACCGUCGCACCGCUGGACUUGGAAUGUCACGUGGCAUCUCCGUUCCGUCCAACCUUUCCAUGUUGGGUGGAGACUCUAAUUCUGCCUCUCCUAAGUGAUCAGAUCGAUGAUAUUUUAUGUGCUUUUUCCUUCUCAUCGUAUUUCAAAAUUCCUCGUUUGUGUCUGUGUAUAUACCAAAAAACAAAUAUAUGCAUAAGUAGAGAAAUCUCUGGUUAUUCACUUUGCUGUUUGCACAAAUGAAAUAAAGUCAAGUGAU